GGUAUAAAAGGUGGGCCGUGGCUUUGGAGGGGCAAGUGCUAUCCUAGGAAGACCAGUGAAGAAAGUAACCCCAGCAGAAGCCAGAGACCCUGGGGUCCUAAGCGCUGGGCCAAACCUGCCGAGCCAGGACGCCCCUUGGCCACGCCCACUCAGCCCCGGGAGCCCGACCCAGGGGUGGCGUCUCCGCCCCGCAGACCUUCGCACCCUCGGGAUCCCGAUCCCAGUAGAGUACGCGGUCGCCAGCGAGACGGGCCAGGCACGGGAGGGCGUCCGGAAGUCAUGGAGGUUCUGGUCCUGGCCAGAUACCGCGCCAAGAGAGAGGACGAACUGAGCCUGGCGCUCGGGGACGUGGUCCGGCGGGUGUGCCGGGGGCCCACGAGGGGCUGGCUACGCGGAGAGCUGGGGGACCGCUGUGGCCUCUUCCCGGAGCGCCUGGUGCAGGAAAUUCCAGAAGCCCUACGAGUUACCGGGGAGGUGAGGAGACCACGCUGCGCGCGCCGCCGACGUGACGCCAAAUCUCGGGUCCCGCAAAGAUGGUGCAAAGUGAACUUCAACUACAGCCCGGAGCAGGCGGACGAGCUGAAGUUGCAAACUGGGGAGAUUGUGGAAGUGAUAAAGGAGAUUGAGGACGGCUGGUGGCUGGGGAAGAAGAGCGGGCAGCUGGGAGCCUUCCCGUCCAACUUUGUGGAGUUGCUGGACAGUGGGCCCCCAAGCCUUGGUAACACAGAUCGGCCUUCAGUCGGCCCUGGUCCUCAGCAGCCUCCCAAGCUGGGCAGCCUGACCUACGACAGCCCUCCAGACUACCUGCAGACAGUCUCCCACCCUGAGACCUACAGGGCCCUGUUUGACUACCAGCCGGUGGCCCCCGACGAGUUGCUGCUGCAGAGGGGGGACGAGGUCAAAGUCCUGAGAAAGACCACAGAGGACCAGGGCUGGUGGGAAGGAGAGUGUCGAGGCAGGAGAGGUGUUUUUCCAGACAAUUUUGUGCUCCCACCACCCCCCGUAAAGAAGCUGGUCCCACGGAGAGUGGCAUCUCGGGAAUCAGUUCCUACCAAGGAACCAAAGAAACUGAUGGCCAGAACAUCUCUCCCUACUGUGAAGAAGCUGGCGACAGCUCCCUCUGGGCCUAGCAAAGCCAAGACACCCUGUGGGGACAGUCAGAAGCGCCCCUCCCGAGAUGCAGGCUCCAGUGGCAGCUUCCUCAUUGGGGGUCCGGGGCAACCUGGCAGAAAGCGAUCCAAAACUCAGGCUCCCCGGCAACACUCUGCACCCAAUCAGGGGGGAGAUCACAGCAAGCUGGCAAAGGCCCCUUCUGUGACUAGAGCCCUGACACGGGGAAAGACCGCUACCAGAGAGAAGACGCCACCUCCAAACAAGGCCCCCAACCCAGAGAAGAUCCCAGCUUCUGACAAAGUCCCCAGUCCAGAGAAGACCCUGACUUUGGAGGACAAUGCUUCCAUCCCAGACAAGACCCUGCUUCCUGACAAAGUCUCCACCACAGAGAAGACCCUGCCUCUGGACAAGAACUCCACUCCGGAAAGGGUCUUUUCUGCGCAUGCGGUUCCUGCCCUAGAAGUUCCCCCUAAGGAUGAAGCCCUUGGCCAAAAGGUGGCCCCCACCCUAGAAGAGCUCAUAACCCCAGAGCAGGUGCUUCCAGAAGUCUCCCUGGGAAAGUGCACUCCAUCCCAGUGCCUCUCUCCUGAGGAAAACCUGCAGGGGUCGGGGUCCCAGUCCCUGGUGGCCAUGGGGGCUCAACCCCAAGCAGAAGGGGCUCCCCUGCAGACUAACUCCUCAGAGAGAUGCUGCCGUAUUUCCCCGUUCCAAGGGGAGUCCAAGUCCCAGCCAGGAUCAGUGCCUGCCCUUGAGGAGGUCUGCCCCCUGGAAGAGGCCGCGGCCCUCCGGAAGGAGGUGCCUGAAAAAGAGGAGUGUACCCCAAAAGACUCCAAAGAGGUGGCUCCCAAACAGCAAGUAGCCCCCAAUUCCCAAACUCCACAAAGUACCAAGCAGACUCCAGACCCCCAGGAGACUCCCGCCCUCCACUCCUUGGUUGUGGAAACCUCUGGAAACGAUGGAGGAGACACGGACGUGAUGUUGCUAAUGCACGAGGUGACCUCGCUCAGGAGCGCGCUGGAGCGUCUGGGGCUGGAGCUGGAAAGGAAGCUAACUGAGGUCUGGGAGGAGCUGAAGAGCGAGAGGGAGAAACGCCGCCUGCUGGAGGUUCAGAUGAUGCAGAGGACCCAGAAGUCCCCAACCAGGGACUCCAAACACGCGCAGACGCAGACGCACUGAGAGGACCAUCGGCCCAACGAGGAGGGACGCCUGGCUCGGGCCACCCGCAUCCUUGCACUCUUACUUUGGGACACGCAAGAAAGUAAACUGCUUGGAGGAGCCGAGUACGCCUGGUCUGUGUGGGCGGGGCCUGACCGCGGGGCCUCCGCAUUCUUGGCGCGCUCCCGGGCACAUCUGGCCAACAUGUGGCUCCCAUUACCGUUC